CAAACAUUUGAGUAACUUGAGGACAAUAUUGCAUGUUGCGGGGGUCAGACUGGUUUUCUCUGUAAAUUUUGUGAGAGUAGAAGAAACCAUUUCAAGGCUCUAGAUUCGUAUUCUUCCUCUCCAAUCUGCUGAAUAGUUUCAUCCUGAUCUGAGACAAUGCCGUCCGUUUACGGUGCUCGAUUGACAACGUUUGAAGAUUCGGAAAAAGAGAGCGAGUAUGGCUACGUGCGUAAGGUGUCAGGACCAGUUGUUAUAGCAAAUGGAAUGGCAGGAGCUGCCAUGUACGAACUGGUUCGUGUUGGACAUGAUAAUCUUAUUGGAGAAAUUAUUCGUUUAGAAGGAGAUUCUGCUACAAUUCAAGUUUAUGAAGAAACGGCUGGAUUAACGGUGAAUGAUCCUGUUCUACGAACUCACAAACCUUUAUCUGUGGAGUUGGGUCCUGGAAUCCUGGGGAAUAUAUUUGAUGGUAUACAGAGGCCCCUAAAAACCAUAGCAAAAUUAUCUGGUGAUGUAUAUAUUCCUCGCGGUGUUUCUGUCCCAGCUCUUGAUAAAGAUACACUUUGGGAAUUUCAGCCUAAAAAAUUAGGCGAGGGAGAUCUUCUAACUGGUGGAGACUUAUAUGCUAAUGUCUUUGAAAAUACUUUAAUGCAACAUCAUGUAGCUCUUCCUCCUGAUGCAAUGGGAAAGAUAACCUAUUUAGCACCCGCUGGACAAUAUUCAUUGAAGGAUACUGUUCUAGAGCUUGAGUUCCAAGGCGUGACAAAGAAGUUUACCAUGCUUCAGACAUGGCCUGUAAGAACACCUCGUCCUGUUGCAGCAAAACUUGCUGCGGACACUCCUCUUCUCACUGGACAGCGUGUACUUGACGCACUUUUCCCUUCGGUUCUUGGUGGAACAUGUGCUAUUCCUGGUGCAUUUGGAUGUGGAAAAACAGUGAUUAGUCAAGCCCUUUCAAAGUACUCUAACUCAGAUACUGUUGUCUAUGUUGGAUGUGGAGAAAGAGGAAAUGAAAUGGCAGAGGUUCUUAUGGACUUCCCUCAAUUGACAAUGACACUACCUGAUGGCCGUGAAGAAUCUGUCAUGAAACGUACCACACUUGUGGCGAACACUUCAAAUAUGCCUGUGGCAGCUCGUGAGGCUUCUAUUUAUACAGGAAUCACCAUAGCUGAAUACUUUAGAGAUAUGGGAUAUAAUGUCAGCAUGAUGGCUGAUUCAACAUCCCGUUGGGCAGAAGCAUUGCGUGAAAUCUCUGGUCGACUGGCAGAAAUGCCGGCAGAUAGUGGAUAUCCUGCUUAUCUGGCUGCACGUUUAGCUUCAUUUUAUGAACGUGCUGGUAAAGUGAAAUGUCUUGGUGGGCCAGAACGUACUGGAAGUGUUACAAUUGUUGGUGCUGUUUCUCCCCCAGGUGGAGAUUUUUCUGAUCCUGUUACAUCUGCUACCCUCAGCAUUGUCCAGGUCUUCUGGGGUCUGGACAAGAAAUUGGCACAGAGGAAACAUUUCCCUUCUGUAAACUGGCUCAUUUCAUAUUCAAAAUACUCAACGGCAUUGGAAUCCUUUUAUGAGCAAUUUGACUCAGAUUUUAUCAACAUCAGGACAAAAGCUCGCGAGGUGUUGCAGAGAGAAGAUGAUUUGAACGAAAUUGUCCAACUUGUUGGAAAGGAUGCUUUAGCAGAAUCUGAUAAAAUCACUUUAGAGACUGCAAAACUUUUGCGAGAGGAUUAUCUUGCCCAGAAUGCUUUCACGCCGUACGACAAGUUCUGCCCAUUCUACAAGUCUGUCUGGAUGAUGCGUAACAUAAUCCAUUUCUAUAAUUUGGCAAAUCAGGCAGUAGAGCGAGCAGCUGGUAUGGAUGGACAAAAGAUAUCGUACACUCUUAUCAAGCAUCGUUUAGGAGAUCUUUUCUAUCGCUUGGUAUCUCAAAAGUUUGAAGAUCCAGCUGAAGGUGAAGAAGCUUUAGUGGCCAAGUUCACUAAGCUCCAUGAGGAUCUAACUACUGGUUUCCGCAACCUCGAGGAUGAAACUCGUUGAUAUCAGAGACCCGAAAAAAAGGGUAAAUUCUUUAUCCGAAAUUCCAUUAUUUGCUGGUAUUUUUUCAUCACUUUACAUUAUUUUUGUCUGUUUUUUGUGUGGCUCUAUUGAUUUAUUUGAUUGUUGAAAUAAGUGAUAUGGAGUUUUAGUCUCAGUAAAUAAGGCAGACAGCCAUCAUUUUUAUAUGUUUUGAGAUUAUUUUGUACCUUUUUUUUUUUUAAUUUAUCACCCAAAUUGGGACUUCGGA